UGCUGAGUCGCUCAGACAUGGCGGAGGAUACGGUGUAAGUGGGAAUCAGCAGCGGAGUUACGUGAGUUGGGUCGUCAAAGGGCGCAUUAAAUGACACACAACGGGCGGAAAAUGCGUUGGCUUCACGCGGACGGCGAGGCGCGGCAAGAAACAGCCUGAACUCCCAGCGACGAGUAAGAUGGAAAAAUGUAUCGCUGUUUAGUGCAGUCAACAGCCUUGGGCAACAAAUAUGGCUUCUUGUGCCUUUUUCAAAAUGCUAUAAAAACUGCUCUCCCGUGCAGCCUAAUGCCGCGGUGGCUCCGGCGAACUUCGGCGAGCCGCGGUAAGUUGAGUUCGAUAAUCGCUCGGUACUUUUGAUCCGCGAGGAUAUCGCGUCCGCUCGGCCGACUGGGUUAGCUGGGAAGCUACGGAACUACAGCGGGGAGCAAUGGAGCCAAAGCACAAAGAGUUGCUAGACCAGUGCCACCAGAACUUACUGGAGUCCAUAACAGAUGCGGACCGACUCAUCGAGCUGCUGAUAGUCUCUGGUACCCUGAGUCAACUCGAUAGGUUCGAACUGGACCAGAACUGCGCGUCCAGCGCGGAGAAAGUGGACCACCUCCUGAAGAUGCUGAUGAACAAGGAGAGCGACCAUUUCCUCGACCUGUGCGUGGCCCUGGAGAAGGCGUACCCCGACCUGCACGCCGCCCUGUUCGCCAGCAACGGCGGGGGACCUGUGGACCACUCCACCGGUUCCACAUACAGCGUUUUGUCCACCAUGCCCUCAGACUCUGAAAGCAGCAGCUCCCUCAGCAGUGUUGGUUCGCCUGUUAACGGUGAAGCGGCCUCCCCACCCCCAGCUAUCAACGACAACCGCCCGUCCGGCGACAACCUGGACACCAUCUUGUUCCAGCUUCGCCAGGUGACCAGAGAGAGGGACGAGCUCCGUAAGCGCCUGGCGUUGGCAUCGCCCGGGACCUCCUUCGAUGACUGCAGGCCAAAUUCCAAAGCUAGUCAUGACUAUGAGCGCCUGAAAAGUCAAUGCAUGAGGGCCAUGGCGGAUCUGCAGUCCCUCCAGAACCAGCACACCAAAACACUCAAGAGAUGUGAGGAGGCUGUGAAGGAAGCUGAUUUCUACCAUAUGCUGCACAGCCGCGUCCUCAGCGAGCAGACGCAGCUGAAGGAGGAGAUGGAGUCCGUCAGGAGGGAGAACGCCCAGCUCGUCCGAGAGCACAACCACCUCAAGCAGAACUGCGAGGAGCUCACGCGGCUGCACGGUCAGGACCAGCAGGAGCUGGCAGACCUCCGGCUGCAGCAACAGCAGGUAAUGAGAGAGAAGGGCUCAUCGGAGGUGUUGAACAAGCUGUAUGACACAGCCAUGGAUAAGCUCGAAGGUGUAAAGAAGGAGUACGACGCCCUGAGCAAGCGCUACAGCGAGAAGGUGGCCAACCACAACACGGACCUCAGCCGUCUGGAGCAGGCCGAGGAGGAGAACCGGCGGCUGCAGAAACAGAUGGAUGCGCUGCUCAAACAGCGUGACUCUGCCAUCCAGUACCAGCAGCAGUAUUCCACCUCGAUGAGGAGGUUUGACUCAAUUCAGCAGGAGCUAAACAAGUCCUCGGCUCAAAACAAGGAGUUGCAGAGAGAGAUGGAGCGCUUGCAGUCGGAGGUGACACGCUACAAGAACCUGCAGCUGAAGUCAGCCAAGGACUGCGAGAAGUACAAGGAGGAGAGGGACUCGGUGUUCAACGAGUAUCGCCUCAUCAUGAGUGAGCGGGACCAGGUGAUCAAAGAGCUGGACAAGCUGCAGACAGAGCUGGAGGCUGCCGAGGCCCGACUGAAGAACACCUCUUCAGAGAGAGUGGUGGCCAGUGAGGAGUUGGAGGCCCUUAGACAGGAGCUGAACUCGUCUCUGGUGGACCGGGACCGGGCCAUCUGCGAGAGGAACGAGCUGCUGGAGAAGUACUGCCACGAGGUGAAGGACAAAGCCGAGGCCCAGAAGGAGCUGAGCCAGGCCUGCAAGGACAUCGAGAUGGUCCGGGAGGAGAGGGACGUGGCUCGCAAAGAGAGGACGGAGGCGAUCAUUCAAAGGGAUCAGCUGCUCCGAGAGUACUAUCAAGCCAGACAGAAACAAGAUUCAGCCACGUUGGACAUGGAGCGAACCAAUAAGGAGAUUGAGAUGCUUAGGAAACAGUAUGAGGCCAUGUCUCAGGAACUGAAGGAGGCCACACAGGAGGCCGAGGUGGCCAAAUGUCGACGGGACUGGGCGUUCCAAGAGAGGGACAAAAUAGUGGCGGAGAGGGAGAGCAUAAGGACUCUGUGUGAUAACCUGAGACGGGAAAGGGACCGGGCAGUCAGCGAUCUGGCCGAUGCCCUGCGAAAUCUGGAUGACAUGAGGAAGCAGAAGAACGAUUCGUUAAGAGAGCUCAAAGAACUCAAGGAGAAGAUGGAGAGCCAGCUGGAGAAGGAGGCCCGGUUCUGUCAGCUAAUGGCCCACAGCUCUCACGACUCCGCCAUCGACACAGAUUCCCUGGAGUGGGAGACCGAGGUGGUGGAGUUUGAGAAAGACCGGGACGACAUGGAUUUGAAGGCACUUGGGUUUGAUAUUGCUGAGGGGGUAAAUGAUCCAUACUUACCAGGCGACUGUGGAAUAUUUGUUACAAGGGUGGAUAAAGGAAGUAUCGCAGAUGGAAGGUUAAGAGUGAAUGACUGGUUGCUGAAGAUUAACGACAUCGACCUGACCAACAAGGACAGGAAGCAGGUUGUGAAGGCUGUUCUUAAUGGCGGCGGCUUGAUCAACAUGGUGGUGCGGAGGAGAAAGUCGCUGGGAGGAAGGCUCGUCACUCCCGUUCAUAUCAACCUUGCAGGACACAAAGACUGUGGCAUUGGGCUGGAGAGCGGGGUGUUUGUCACUGCCGUCGCCCAGGGCAGUCCAGCAGCCAGAGAGGGUUCUCUCACCGUUGGAGACAGACUGAUCGCUAUAAAUGGCAUUGCUCUGGAUAACAAAUCUGUGACAGAAUGCGAGGCUCUGUUGAGGAGCUGCAGGGAUUCUCUUAGUCUGUCCCUCAUGAAGUUCUUCCCUCACAGUGCGUCGGGUCAGAACAUCUUUGAGAGUCUGCGGGAGUCAUCUGAGAAAUCCAAUGGGCGCAUUCACCUGUCAGAGAUUCACGCCCGGAACAGCCGCAACCUCAAACACAACAGCUCCACCCAGACCGACAUUUUCUGCCCAGAUGUUGGAAACGCCAGCACAAGUAGCAUCUCCGGGGAGAGAAGGAAGGUUAGAGGUGAAUCUGAUGACGGCUACGGCGACAUCAGUAAGCCGUUCUUCACAGGUUCCCUGCACGCAACUAGCCUUCGCCCGGCCUCUGACUUGGGCACCGGCCGCUAUGGCCCCAGUGCUUUUCAAGAGUGCUGUCCCUACACCAAGGCCCCUUCCUCCUUGCCUUUUGAGCCUGUCUCCUCAUCAGACUGCGUCACAAUGGAGACAUCCCUGGAGAAGAAGCACAGUGGGGGCACGUGGCCCAAGAUGAUGGUGGGAGGUAUAUCUGUUGCACCAGAUAACACCAGUCCGCUCACAGCUGCAGCACAGCUCUCAAUCUAUAAAUCACCAAAGCAGAGGAAAUCUAUCUUCGACCCAGACACCUUCAAGCGCCCCGAAACGCCUUCCUCUAAGCUGGAGUACAUGGCAGCCAAUCAGAUCGCUGCAGUAGCCGCCGCUGCUGCAGCAGCAGCUUCCCAUUCCCCGCAGCCAUCUAAAGCCGAGUCCCACUCCUCCUCAUCCACCCCUACGCCCACACCCCCAACCCCACCCACUCGCAGUGACUCCUUUAAGUUCAAACACAAACAUCAAAGCAGCUCUGCCUCCGACUGCACAAUCACCUCAGACGGCAAGGGGGAGGCUGUCAUCUCCAUGGCAGCAGAGCAGAGCCGGGAGAGGACGGAGCGAGAGAGGGACAGAAAUGGAAACCACUACUUCCUCGACGGCAAGGUUCUGACCUCCAGAAAGUCGUGUGACGAGGAUAUUGGCCGAACUAGAGGGGAGGAGCCAGAGGUGAAGAGGCCACGCCCUAAGUCUGCCCCAGCCCUCCGCCGCAGGAUGACGCCUCAGACCAUCACACUUCCCGCCUUCCAAAGCUACUCUAAUGACGAGCACUCGCCAGAACCCAGAGAGCUGCUGCCUUCCUCCCCGGGCCGCUCCCACAGGCACAGUGUCGGCUUCGUGCCCACGGUCUACAACGGCAUCCUACCUCCUAGCUCAGCCCACCGAGGCCUGGCUCCGUGCCCCGCUGUGACCGCCGUGAUGAGGAAUCCAGUGUACACUGUGCGUAGUCACCGUGUUCACACCAGCAACUGUCCGUCUCUCGCCUCCCAGAUUUGUCACCAGCACACCCACACCAGCCCACAGCACCAGGGUCGUCUGAGCCUGGACCUGAGCCAGCAAAAGCGCACGAGUGACUUCUCUGAAUCCUCGUCGUCACGCAGCAGCAGAGCGUCACACGGUACAAAUUCACUGCCCUCCAGCGCACGACUCGGUUCUGUCAAUAAUGUCCAAUACCGCACAGAGAGGAUCAAAAUCCCCUCCACUCCGCGCUACCCCCGCUCCAUGCUAGGUUCAGACAGAGGCUCCCUCUCACACUCCGAGUGUAGCAGUCCCAGUCUCAUCACUCCCCCACAGUCACCUCUCAAUCUGGAGACGUCUUCGUUUGCCAGCAGUCAAUCACAAGGCUCCAUUUCCACUUUGCCACGGAUCUCAGUCAGCCCUGUGCCAGUAGGCGAGCGCAGGAAAGACAGAUCUCUAUAUCGUAACCGAUCAUUUCUAAGGAUUCCUCUGGCUGCAAGGCCGAGGUUCUCCUCUCUCAGGAGCCUCAGGCCGUACCUGGAGGAACCCCGCAAUGUUAUCGUUCACAAAGGAGCAGAGCCUCUGGGAAUCUCCAUCGUCAGCGGGGAGAACGGAGGAAUCUUUGUCUCUAAAGUUACUGGUGGUAGCAUCGCCCACCAAGCAGGGCUGGAGUACGGAGACCAAUUACUGGAGUAUAAUGGCAUCAACCUGCGAAACGCUACAGAGCAGCAAGCUCGUCUCAUCAUCGGCCAGCAGUGUGACACCAUCACCAUUAUGGCCCAGUACAACCCACACAUGUACCAGCUGGGCAACCACUCUCGCUCCAGCUCACGCCUUGAGCCGGUCAGUACACAGCCGACUCCCCAGGGCAGCGGAGCCGCCACCCCUGACAAUCACUCCAACAUCGAUACGCUCAGCGAACAGGAUGAGGGCACCCUCACCCCCUCCUCCAAGCAGACAACGCCCACCACCAGCCCCCGCAGUUACAUCAGAGUUCCAACUGAGGGCAGCCGGAAGGUGGGUGAGCCGCGGCUUGUUACGGUGCACAGGCCUGGGGUGGAGGUGGGGGUCACACUCUGCGGUGGGAACCUACGGGGUGUUUACAUAGAGAGCCUGGAUGAGGACAGUCCUGCCAGAGGCCCUGAUGGGCUGCUCCCUGGGGACCUCAUCUUGGAGUAUAACUUGGUGAAUAUGAAGAAUAAAACCGCAGAAGAGGUGUACGUCGAGAUGCUGAAGCCUGCAGAAACCGUCACGCUCAAGGUGCACCAUCGGCCGGAUGACUUCACCAUGCUCAAAGACGUUCCAGGAGAUGGCUUUUAUAUUAGAGCACUUUAUGACCGGGUGGGUGAGGCUGAGGGGGACCUUAGUUUCAAGAAGGAUGACAUCAUGUACGUGGACGAGUCGUUACCAAAGGGCAGCUUUGGGAUGUGGAUGGCCUGGCAGCUAGACGAGAACGCACAACAGAUCCAGAGGGGACAGAUACCCAGCAAAUACAUGAUGGACCAAGAGUUUUACCGCAGACACAGCGUGACAGAAAUGAAGGAAGACUCGAGUAAGACUCUGUCUGCAGCAGCCCGCAGAUCCUUCUUCAGGAGGAAACAGAAGCAUAAACGCAGCAGCUCCAAAGACAGCAAAGAGAUGGUGGCUCUGGACACCAUCAGCACAGACUCCAUCCCAUUUCUUGACGACUGUGUGAGCCUGGCCUACCAGCGGGUCCAGAAGGUGGAGUGCGCUUCUCCCCGACCAGUGCUCAUACUCGGGCCGCUCACGGACCCUGUCAAGGAGAUGCUGGUCAAGGAGUCUCCUGGAAAGUUCUGUCGAUGUAUUCUGGAGGUAAUGAAGGCAUCCCAGCAAGCCAUCGAAAGAGGCGUCAAAGACUGCCUCUUCAUCGAUUACAAGCGCAGGAGCGGUCAUUUUGACGUGACAACUGUUGCCUCCAUCAAGGAAAUAACAGAUAAGGGCUGCCACUGUUUGCUCGACAUCGCCCCGCAUGCCAUUGAAAGACUCCACAGUGUUCACAUCUAUCCGAUUGUCGUGUUCGUGCGCUACAAAAACGCCAAACAGAUCAAGGAGCAGAAAGAUCCGGUUUAUCUUCGGGACAAAGUGUCCCAAAAACAUUCCAAGGAGCAAUUUGAAAGUGCACAGAAGAUAGAGCAGGACUACAGCAAAUUCUUCACAGGUAUUGUUCAAGGCGGCACCCUUCCGUACAUUUGCACUCAGAUCAUGACUAUAGUUGAUCAAGAACAGAGUAAAGUCCUGUGGACUCCGCUCGGCUGCCCCUAGAGGAGACUGGCUGCCACUACAGCAAGCUGCAGCUUCCUUCUCCACCCCCUAAACACUAAUUAACCCUCUCACACUACACCAACAGGUACACAGUAGUGAGCUAGUUGUGUAAAUUAUUGACAAUUUUAUUUUGUCUUUGUCAUGAUUUGUAAUCAGAACCUCCUUUUAUUUCUGAUGUGCUCUGGUUGGUAGCACUGGACCCUGACGUCAAAGUUCAUUCAGUCUUCCCUAAGGGUUUCUGGUGGUGUACUUGUAAUGCUGCAUUGUAAGCGUCCGUUUACCGUCAAAAGAUGAGUCUGAAUAUUGGUGUUGCUAUAUGCCCCCCCCCCCCAUGUACACAAGCCUCAACACUAAUGAAGUUCAUUCCUUUGAUUCCCUUGUGUACCAAAUGACAUUUGUGGCUCCCCUGACAAUUAUGCACCCAUUUGACAAUGACUGACAACUAAUCGUUUGUUUGUUUUGUGUGUGAGUGUGUGUGAGUGUGUGUGUGAGUGAAAGAAGGCAACGGUGAGACUGUUCACUAUUGUAAUGGCGAUUUCCUUAGAGCUGUCUGUCAGUGUGACUACGAUGCUAUAGAAAUGGAAUGCCAGGCUCACACGUCGGCCCCUCCUCGUGGUGUUCCAUCCCAGAGGCGCGAACGCCUCGAACCUCUUGAAGUAUGUAGCUGUGGUCUUACCGAACCCGACCGCCAGAAGCGACGGCCAUGAAAGCUCAAAACGCAUCGAUGUUUGCUCUAUGCAUUGUGUUUCUAUCGUAGCGGGGCGUGUGAACAGUUUAUGGGCCGUUCGGAAGUGCCUUUGGAGACGAAGCCUGGUCUGAAAGCAGCCCCCGGGUCACUUAGUCGAAACCUUGACAUAAGGUUCCUAAUGUUAAAAACCCAGCGUAUGCCAUUUCACCCACCGUUGGCUAAGUGGCCCAGAGGCUGGUUUGAGACCAGUACAGUGCAGAGCGCAUGACAAUGGUGAGGUUUUGAGGGUAGGCCGAAGCAGCGGCCAACGGGUUAACUCCUCAGAAUGCACUCCAGGGCUAGACAGACCACUGUGUAACGAUCAUUCUAUCUCUUUAAUGUAUAUUUAACAAUAAUAUAGAGUAUAACAUAUUACAGUAUGCAGAUACAUCUAAAAACAUAUAUAUAAAUAUAUAUUACAUGUAUUUUUACUAGGUCAUAUGCCUAGGUGCGUCUGGCGGUGAAGUCAUGUCUUAGCAGGUAUUUGCAUGUUAGUUUUUUUUUUUUUUUAAAGAAUUAAUUUUUGGGGUUUCUGUGGGUGCUUGUCAGUCACUUACAUGUACUCCUUAAAAGAGACACUAUGAAGAAAUUUUGCAGGGUAAUAUCUUAAAGGAUUUUCCUCUGACCUGUUUAAAUGUUAGUGACUGUUCAUUGUUAUUUAAUUGUAUUUUUUUUUUUUUAUUAAGAAGGCAAAAAAUCUCGACAAAAAUAUUCUGCCCUUCCUCGAAACCAUACCCUGUAUCGUAUUGUGCCAAACUCCACUUAGGCAACUUUAUCCUUUUAUUUCUGUUUUGCACUUGUUUCUCUGUGAACCUUCAGCAUAUAACUGUUCCUAGGUUUCCAGCGGACGAUUAAUAGGUACUCACAUUUUUAUUGUAACUAACAUUUUCAUGUAUCACGUCAGUUCCUUACAUUUCAUUAAUGGCCUUUUACUCUUAAUUAGAAAAAAAGGAUCACUUCUUAUUUGAAUUAUGAAAAAGGGAUCUAUUCUUGCACAGUUUUUCAAUAGAAAAUGUAUCCACAAGUUUGACUAUUGGGACAAUAGAGUAACCAGAUGCAAACUGUAACCUUACUAUUUUUCUGAGUAGAUAGCAAAUGGUAGCGAGUGCGGGAUACGACACGAAGCGGUCGUAUUUUUAGGAAGACACUAGAUGCCAGGUACUGAUUGAACUUUUCUUUUAUUAAAAAGAAUGUGAUUUGUAUGUUGAGACAUUCACAUGAGAAUAAAAGUCGUUUUCUGUAUCACAA